AUGGCGCUGACGGUGGAUGACGCGAUCGCGACGCUGUUCACGCUGACUCAGCAUGACGAGCAGCCGGGCGUGCAGGGUCUCACAUCCACCAUGGUGUACGACGCAUCGUACAGGACGUCGUACACAGAGUACGCGGAGGUGGCGGCCUUCCAGCUGUCCCUGGAGGACGACACUGCCGCCAUCAACCAACUGGAAGCCCUAUUGGCAGAUGGCAAGGACAUGCUUGCAUCGCUCUACACCUACCGCAGCGUCUCCGAGUCCUUUCCUCAGUCAGUGCAAGCUCUGGACGAGAACGCAGAGCCGGGUCUGCUACAGGAGGCGUUUGCGAUCGUAGAUGUGGAGAUCCAACGGCUGAGAAACAUUCAUCAGUGGCAGAUGCGAGCACGGUCGUUGAUUGCUGCAGACCUGCAGCGAUUCUCAGGGGAGAUGACCGGUCCCACCCUCACACACCUGUGGAGUUUGCUGAGAGUGCUGGACACGUGUCUGCUGCUGGACCUGCUGAAGCACACCAAGGCAGCGCCGCUCUCUGAUCUGCUCUGGUUCAGGCGCCAUGCCUGCCUCACUUCCGCUCCUCCACUGCUCCCUCCCCUCGUUCCUGCAUUCGCUUCCAAGCUUCUAACUCAUUCAAGUCUCUGUCAUCUAAACCUGAAGACUUCUUUUGAGGCGCCUCAAAAAACUCAUUCAGGUCUCUGUCAUCUAAACCGGAAGACUUCUCCCCGUUUCCUGCAUCCCCUUCCACCCUUCUCUCCCUUUCCUGCAUCUCCUUCCACUCUUCUCCCCCUUUCCUGCAUCUCCUUCCACCCUUCUCCCCAUCUUCCCUCUUCCCCCUUGCUGUUUUCUGCACUUACCUGGCCGCCUGACACCAGAGCGGUGCAGAGUGGUCGAGUCAAUGCGGAGAGCGGUUCUGACACUGACAGCGACCUGGAGGAGUUCUGGAGCAAGCGCUGGGCCGUCCUUUCCAGCCUGCAGGCCGGCAUUCCGGGCAACGAAACGUACGUGCUGGGAGUGCAUGUGGAGGAGUUCUUUGUGCAGCUGAUGGUGGUGGCCACGGGCACCAUAGAGAGCGGCCGCACUCUGCUGUUCGCAGAUCGUCUCAUGCUGCUGCGUGUGCUGCCGGUGCUCAUAUCGCUCGCUGCCCGCACCGAGGCCGAGGCAGACACGCUGUUCCGCCGGAGAGUGAAGCUCGACCGCCUUCUCAGACUCUUCAAGCGUGAACCCCUAGUGGCGGGCUACAAGGAGGUACCAUUCGCCCUCGCGUCUCUCCUGCCAGACCUCUCGCCCUUCUUCCGCAAGCUGUGUGUUGAGAAGGGCGUGCUGCUGCCCGUGCCCAGCAACAUGGACGCUAAGGAAGUGUCGCGAGUGUAUGACCUGCUGCCUCAGAUGCCUGCUAUUGCCAAGGCUCACGAGGAGCUCUGCCUGCGCUUUACUGCCGCCAUGAACAAGGCAUAUACGAGUAGAGUAGCUCUGCCUCCUGAUAUAUGGCAUGGUGUGAUCGCCAGGUUGUUGCUCGCUGAGCAUGCUGACAGUGAUGAAGCAUGCAAGGGUCAAGUCUCGGUCACCACAAGCCAAGGAGGUGCGGGUGGAGGUGUACCGCAUGCUGCUGGAGGGGCUGCUGCUGCUCUCAACUUGCAUUCCCUUCCCUGUAACCCCCACCCCACCCACCCAAAACCCACACGUGCACAGCUGACAGUAAUGAAGCAUGCGCGGGUGAAAUCGCGCUCCCCCCAGGCGAAGGAGGUGCGGGUGGAGGUGUACCGAGUGCUGCUGGAGGGGCUUACAGCGCUUGCUGCGGGUGCUGGUGGAGCCGCUGGUGUUGGGGGUGUGGGCCCAGGCGGAGGCAAAGGGAAGCAGAACCUGAGUGCAUACGAGCAGAUGGUGCAGCAUGGUUUCUCACAGGCAGAGCUGCAAGCUGUGUUACAGCUGAUUGCAUACAUAAAGGGCGUGGCGGCCAUGAUGACAGCAGUGGAGGGGGACAUUGCAUGGGUGCUGCGGGAGGCCAUCCACGCGGACGUGCAGGAGUUUGCACGCGUGUAUGUGGCCUCUCUGCUCAAGCGUGUCUCCUCUUCCAACAUGGACUCACCCUACGCGAGGUAG